AUGAGGCCUCUUCUUUCAGUUUUUCUUUUCUUGUUCUCCUUCACCUAUCCUUCUUCACAGACUUCUCGGGAAUUAAUCUUUAACACCAAUAGCACAAAAACGUCAAGUAAUAGUACUAGGUUCAUGACUUUCAUAGCUCUUGUUGAUCCACUUUGUAAACCCUCACCUUUCUUCUCUCAUCGUCACUGGUACUCUUCUCUACUUACCUCUUCUUCUUCUACUACUUCUUUCAUUCACAUUUACAACACUCUCAUUCAUGGCUUCUCUGCAUCUCUCACCCCGUACCAAGCCAAACACAUCAACAGCUCACAUGGGGUUCUCUCUUUGUUUCCAGAUUCAAUCUUUCACCUCCACACAACGCGUUCCCCAUCUUUUCUUGGCCUUAAUAACUUAAAACUGAAGCUUCUAAACUCUUCAGGAUCCAACGUUAUUAUAGGAUUCAUGGACACGGGUAUUUGGCCCGAACACCCAAGCUUUGCAGAUGAUGGAUUAGAACCCAUCCCGGCUCAUUGGAGAGGCAAAUGCGAAACUGGGUUUGGGUUCAAUCAAUCAAAUUGUAACAAGAAAUUAAUAGGAGCCCGGUUCUUUUCGGGUGGUUAUAGGGCAUUGUUUGGACACUUGGAUCACCCUGCCAGUGAAUAUCGGUCACCAAGAGACCAUGAUGGCCACGGUACACAUGUUUCGUCGAUUGCUGCUGGAGCUCCAGUUACUGGAUCCAGCUUCUAUGGGUUUGCUGGCGGGUUGGCCCAAGGCAUGGCUCCAAAUGCAAGAAUUGCGGUUUAUAAAGUAUGCUGGGUCUCGGGUUGCUUGCUAUCGGAUAUUUGUGCUGCUUUUGAGAAGGCAAUUCUAGAUGGCGUUAAUAUCAUAUCAAUAUCUCUUGGUUCGUCCCGUUUACCAUUUUACCUUGACCUAUUAUCAAUUGUAUCACUUCGAGCAUUUUCUGGUGGUAUAUUUGUCGCCUCCUCGGCCGGAAAUGAGGGGCCCACCUGGGCAAGCAUCACCAAUGCUCCACCAUGGAUCACAACAGUUGGUGCAGGAACAAUUGAUCGAGACUUCCCGGCAAAAUUGCUUCUUGGUAACGGAAUAACGAUUACGGGAAUAUCUAUCACUCUGACACGAGAAAGCAAAUUGACCCGAGGAUUUCACCGGCUUUACUUUGGUGGUGAAAUCAGCUCGUCUAAAUUUAGUUUCUCACGCCAAUUAGUCAAGGGCAACAUUGUACUCUGCUUGACCACCGGGCACAUGCCAAGGAUGCUGCUGGGAGCAUCACUACUUUCACUUGGAGCUGUAGCUAUGGUCAUAUGUCAUGGUAGUAUUGACCCCGACGGGAUUAUCUCGGAACCUCAUGUGAUCCCAACUAUUACCGUCGGCAUCUUGGAAGCCAAGUUAAUUGAGGAUUAUAUUUUGUCUAGUGAUAGUCCUGUGGCAAACAUUUCAUCUCAGGGAACGGUAGAAAAGCAUGCAAAACCAGCACCCGUUGUGGCCGCCUUCUCAUCCAGAGGACCCAAUUCAGCUGUGCCCGGGAUACUGAAACCUGAUGUUAUAGCUCCCAGUGUGAACAUAUUAGGGGCAUGGACGGACGCCAUUGGACCUUCUAGUGUGGCAUUAGAUAAUCGACGGCCACAAUUUAACAUUAUGUCCGGAACUUCCAUGGCAUGUCCCCACGUAUCAGGGGUGGCAGCGAUUAUCAAAUCGGUCCACCCCGAUUGGGGUCCGAGUGAAAUAAAAUCAGCCCUAAUGACAACCUCAAAUACGCAUAAAUUGUAUUACUACAGAAAUGUGUCCUUGUUGAGUUCAUCAUUGAUUCUUGAUGAGUCCACAGGGAAGGCUGCUAACCCGUUUGAUUUCGGAGCUGGGCAUAUCCAUCCUGAACGAGCACUGGAUCCCGGCUUGGUAUUUGAUUUGGGUUACCAAGAUUAUAUUGAUUUUCUAUGUGAAUUGAAUUACACCAAGAACGAGAUACAUAUUAUUAGUGGAAAACAUGCAAAUUGUUCAAAUAUCGGCAAAGGGCAAUUGAAUUACCCGGCUAUAGUUGUAGCUGCAGAGAAAGUUGGACACAAGGGAGUGAACUUUUAUAGGAGGCUGAAGAAUGUUAAUGAAGUAGGGUCAAGAAAAUACAAGGCGAAAGUGGUGGGUCUUAGAGGGUUUUAUAAGAUUGGUGUGAUACCUAAGAAGCUUAAAUUUUCCAAGAUUGACGAGAAGUUGAGCUUCAAAAUUGCUAUAAGAAAGGAGAAAGGGGUGGCAAAAAGGAAUAGUUUGUGGGUUGGAGCUUUGAUUUGGCACGAAAUCGGUGGAAAGCAUAGGGUUAGGUGCCCCAUUGUCAUCUUUUGUAGACCAGGUUGA